AUGCGAGUGUUUUUUUUGUCUGCUGUGAAACUGCAUCCCAGCUGGUCUCAGAUAUUCACUGGUGAGAAAAUCAGCCUCAGAUGUGAGAUUGAGGGAGGUGAAGGAAAGAUGUGGAAAUAUGAAUGGAGAGCACCCAACACAAUCAGCCCUCCAACAUCCAGAGAAUACAGGAUCAGCAGAGUUUCAGGGUCCCACAGAGGAGCCUACAGCUGUCGGGGUAGCAGUGACUAUCUCCUUACAGGAUGGAGUGAUGCCUUCACUCUGACAGUUUCAGUUUCCAUUAAGCCCACUGUGACCCUGCAGCCAUCCUGGACUCAGAUAUUCAGCGGUGAGACAGUCACUGUCAGAUGUGAGAUUCAGGGAGGAACUCAGUGGACGUAUGAAUGGAGUCCAGCCAAGUUAAACACACCUCCAACAUCCAAUGAAUACAGAAUCAGCAGAGCUGCUGAGUCUGACAGUGGAGGAUACAGAUGCAGGGGCAGAAGGGACUAUUUGUUAACAGGGUGGAGUGAUACCAUCACACUGACUGUAUCAUGUAAACCCAGAGCCACACUGAGAGCACAAAGUUCAAUCAUACCAGCAGGGGGCAGCGUGACACUGAGCUGCUCUGUGGAGGGCUCUGCUGGCUGGAAGUUUGACUGGUUCAGACGUGAUUCAGUCUUUUAUCAAGCUCAACCCAUGAGAGGAAAUGAAGCAAAGAGAGUUAUUAGAGGAGGAGGUCUGUACCACUGCAGAGGAGGGAGAGGAGAUCCAAUUUUCUUCUCAGAGGACAGCAAUGAAGUCACUGUGGAGGAAACUCUUCCCAUUAAGCCCACUGUGAUCCUGCAGCCAUCCUGGACUCAGAUAUUCAGCGGUGAGACAGUCACUGUCAGAUGUGAGAUUCAGGGAGGAACUCAGUGGACGUAUGAAUGGAGUCCAGCCAAGUUAAACACACCUCCAACAUCCAAUGAAUACAAAAUCAGCAGAGCUGCUGAGUCUGACAGUGGAGGAUACAGAUGCAGGGGCAGAAGGAACUAUUUGUUAACAGGGUGGAGUGAUACCAUCAAACUGACUGUAUCAUCUAAACCAAAGGCUGAACUGAGAGCUGAUAAGAGAGCUGUUCCAGUAGGGGGCAGAGUGACCCUGACCUGCUCUGUGAACCCAUCAUCAUCAUCAUCAUCAUCAUCAUCAUCAUCUUCAUCAUCUGGAUGGAAAUACUACUGGUACAGAGAUGAGAAACACUCUGAACCUCUGACCACACAAGAUGCAGUUUUCCGCUCAAAUGGACAAAUCAGAGUCUCACAGGAAGGACUCUACAGGUGCAGAGGAGGAAGAGGAGACCCAGUUUACUACACAGAGUACAGUCAGUCAGUCAGGAUUGGGAAACCUGUGUCAAACAAAGCUGUUGUGACUCUGCAUCCAAACUGGACUGAGAUAUACAGAGGAGAGACGAUCACUGUCAGAUGUGAGAUCCAUGGAGGAGACACUGAGUGGGAUUAUGAAUGGGAAACAAGCAGCUACAGAAAACCUGAAAAUCAAAAUGAAUACAGGAUUAGAUCUGCUUCAUCAUCCAACAGUGGAAACUACCGCUGUAAGGGCCGAAUGAAAAGUUCACAGCAUAAAACAACAGAGUGGAGUGAUUCAGUCACACUGACAGUUUCUGACAAACCCCGUCCUGUCCUCACUGUGUCUCCAUCAUGGCUGAGUCCUGGAGCCUCAGUAACUCUGAACUGUGAGGUUGAACAUCCGUCUGCAGGAUGGAGCUUCUACUGGUAUAAAGCUGUUCCUGAUCUAUCAGAGAAAUCCUACAGUUAUGAGCUGCUACCUGAUGGCAAUGGGACUGCACAGGACUCCUACAUCAUUGAUGGACAGACACACACAGCAGGAUAUGUGUGUAGAGCUGGAAGAGGAGACCCAGAGUAUCACACUGAUCACAGUGAACCAAAGUUUGUCUGGUCUGCAGAUGUUCAUUCAGCAGCGUCUCUCACAGUGAGUCCUGACAGAGUGCAACACUUCACCUCUGACUCUGUCUCACUGACCUGUGAGGGAAACUCUGCUGAGUGGAGAGUGAAGAAGUUCACUGAGGACGGCCGACUGAACUCUGACUGUAGGACAAUGACUGGAUCCACAUGUAACAUCAACACAUCACAGUCAGAUACUGCAGUGUACUGGUGUGAGUCUGGAUCAGGAGAGUUCAGCAGUGCAGUCAACAUCACUGUUCAGGAUGAUCCUGAUGCUCCUAUCCUGGUGAGUCCUGUUCAUCUUGUGACUGAAGGAGCUUCUGUUAGUCUGAGCUGCAGUUUGAGGACACAAAAAAUACUUUCCAAUGUGUUUUUCUACCACAACGACAAACUUAUUCAAAAUGAUACCCGAGAGGAGCUGAAGAUCUCUGCAGUGUCAAAGUCUGAUGAAGGUUUCUACAAGUGUGAAUACUCAGGAAGAGAGUCACCACAGAGCUGGAUGUUAGUUAAAGCUACACUGAGACCUUCAUCUGCUGUGGGGUUGAUUGUUGGGCUGGUCUGUGGAGUCUUUCUCUUCAUUAUUCUCCUGCUCUUGUUUUAUCACUAUAGAAAGACUAAGGGCCGAUCCAGUCAGAGAUCUACAGUCAGCACGCCACCACAAAUCCUCGAGUCAGUCAGAAUCGAGCUCUUGAAUACUACUCUCUUCAGCACGGUCAGAACUUAA